AUGGCCCGCCUCCACCACCUCCUGGCCGUCCUCGGCCUCCUAACCCCCUUGAUCCAGGCCGCGGACCCCGUCGCCUUGCCGCUGCGCUCCUCGAGCCGCUGGAUCCUCGACGCCAACGACCAGCGCGUCAAGUUCCGCUGCGCCAACUGGGCCGGACACAUGGAGACCAACAUCCCCGAGGGCCUGCAGCACCAGUCCAUCGACUCCAUCGCCGACUGGAUCGCCCAGCAAGGGUUCAACUGCGUGCGCCUGACCUACAGCAUCGACCACGCGCUGAACCCGGCCGUGGCCGUGUCGGCGUCCUUCGCCGCCGCCGCGGGCGCCGCGGGCGUUGCGCUGACCGACAUGACCGCGCUCUACGACCAGGUCGUGUCCCACAACCCGUGGAUCACCAACGCGACCACCACGCGCGACGUCUUCGCCGCGGCCGUCGACAAGCUCUGGGCGCGGGGCGUCAUGACGCUGCUGGACAACCACGUGUCGCGCGCCGGGUGGUGCUGCAACCUGACCGACGGCAACGGCUGGUGGGACUCGGCGUUUGGGUACAACCCGAUAAACAGCCGGUACUUCCGCACGCAGGAGUGGCUCGCGGGCCUGCAGGCCAUGGCGGCCUGGGCGCAGUCGCACCGCGGGGUGGUGGCCAUGUCGCUGCGCAACGAGCUGCGUGCCUUCCUGCUGCAGGACCUCAACGGCCGCGACGACUGGUACCGCUACGUCACCGAGGCCGGCAACCUGGUGCACGCCACGCACCCGGACGUGCUGGUGGUCGUGGGCGGCGUGCAGAGCGCGACCGACCUGCUGCACGUACGCGACGGCGGCCGCAUGUUGGACACGAGCGGCUGGCAGGGGAAGCACGUGUGGGAGAUGCACGCGUACAGCUUCACCGUCACCUUUCCCGAUCCCUUCAAGAGCUGCGAUCUGGUCAAGACGCAGUACGGCCUGUUUGCCGGCUUCGUGCUGGAGCAGGGCAAGGCCUAUACCGGCCCGCUGAUCCUCAGCGAGUUUGGCGUCGGCAUGCAGGGCGGCGAGUAUGACGGCCUGAGCGAGCAGGACAACCGCUACCUGAGCUGUCUGGUGUCGUACAUGCAGGGGAACGAUGCCGACUGGGCCGUGUGGGCCGUUCAGGGGAGCUAUUACGUCCGCGACGGGACGGUCGAUUCUGAUGAGUCGUGGGGCCUCUUGAACCACGACUGGUCCGGCUGGAGGAAUCCGGCCUUUGCUGGAAAACUCGGGGAUAUGUGGAAGGUGAUACAGCUGCCGUAA